CAAGCUGAAAGUGUUUGGGGAGAUCAGGCAUUGCUGUCCGGAUGCUCCUCUCUCUUGGCCAUCAUGUCUUUGACCUCUGCCUACCAGCAUAAAUUAGCAGAGAAGCUCACUAUCCUGAAUGAUCGAGGUCAGGGGGUUCUCAUCCGAAUGUAUAACAUCAAGAAGACUUGUUCGGACCCCAAAUCCAAGCCCCCUUUCUUACUGGAAAAGUCCAUGGAAUCAUCUCUCAAGUACAUCAACAAGAAAUUUCCCAACAUAGAUGUCCGAAACAGCACGCAACAUUUAGGACCAGUACAUCGGGAAAAAUCUGAGAUAAUUAGAUUCCUCACCAACUACUACCAAUCAUUUGUGGAUGUAAUGGAGUUUCGGGAUCAUGUAUAUGAACUUCUCAACACCAUUGAUGCCUGCCAGUGCCAUUUUGAUAUCAAUCUUAACUUUGACUUCACUCGGAGUUACCUGGACUUGAUCGUGACUUAUACCUCAGUUAUUUUACUUCUGUCACGGAUUGAGGAUCGACGGGUACUCAUUGGCAUGUACAAUUGUGCCCAUGAGAUGCUCCAUGGACACAGUGAUCCCAGUUUUGCCCGUCUGGGUCAGAUGGUCUUGGAGUAUGACCACCCUCUGAAGAAGCUGACAGAGGAGUUUGGGCCUCACACAAAGGCUGUGAGUGGAGCCCUCCUCUCUUUGCACUUCCUCUUUGUCCGAAGGAACCAGGGGGCUGAGCAGUGGCGCAGUGCCCAGCUUCUCAGUCUCAUCAGCACCCCUCCAGCCAUGAUUAACCCUGCUAAUUCAGACACGAUGGCCUGUGAGUACCUGUCUGUGGAAGUGAUGGAGCGCUGGAUUGUCAUCGGGUUUCUUCUUUGUCACGGGUGCCUCAACUCCAAUAACCAGUGCCAGAAGCUGUGGAAGCUGUGUCUGCAGGGCUCCUUGUACAUCACCCUCAUCCGGGAGGAUGUGCUCCAGGUGCACAAGGUCACCGAGGACCUGUUUAGCAGUUUGAAAGGGUAUGGCAAGCGAGUGGCGGACAUAAAGGAGAGCAAGGAACAUGUAAUUGCGAACAGUGGCCAGUUUCAUUCCCAACGGCGCCAAUUUCUGCGGAUGGCUGUGAAGGAGCUGGAGACUGUGUUAGCUGAUGAACCAGGACUACUGGGUCCCAAGGCCCUUUUUGCAUUCAUGGCCUUGUCCUUCAUUCGUGAUGAGGUCACUUGGCUGGUUCGCCACACAGAGAACGUCACCAAGACGAAGACACCUGAGGACUACGCUGACUCGAACAUUGCAGAACUGCUUUUCUUGUUGGAGGAGAUUAGGGCUCUGGUCCGAAAACACAUCAAGGUGAUACAGCAAUACCACCUUCAGUACCUGGCCAGAUUUGAUGCUCUUGUGCUGAGUGACAUCAUUCAAAACCUGUCCGUGUGUCCCGAGGAGGAGUCCAUCAUAAUGUCCUCAUUCGUCAGUACUCUCUCCUCCCUGAAUCUCAAACAAGUUGAUAAUGGAGAGAAAUUUGAAUUUUCUGGAUUGAGGCUGGACUGGUUCCGUCUACAGGCAUAUACCAGUGUGGCUAAGGCUCCCCUGCACCUGCAUGAGAACCCUGACUUAGCCAGGGUGAUGAACCUCAUUGUCUUUCACUCCCGAAUGCUGGACUCAGUAGAGAAUAUGCUGGUGGAAACUUCUGAUUUAUCUACUUUCUGCUUUCAUCUCCGUACCUUUGAGAGGAUGUUUGCUAUGACCCUGGAAGAACCUGCCAUGUUGCGUUAUGCCAUUGCUUUUCCCUUGAUUUGUGCUCAUUUUGUCCACUGUACUCAUGAGAUGUGCCCAGAGGAGUACCCCCAUCUGAAGAACCAUGGCCUUCAUCACUGCAACUCCUUCCUGGAAGAGUUGGCCAAACAGACCAGCAACUGUGUCCUGGAGAUCUGUGCUGAGCAGCGAAACCUGAGUGAGCAGCUUCUACCUAAGCACUGUGCCACUACCAUCAGCAAGGCCAAGAACAAGAAAACCAUGAAGCAGAGGCAGACUCCCAGAAAAGGAGAGCCUGAGAGGGACAAGCCAGGCGCUGAGAGUCACAGGAAGAACCGCAGCAUUGUCACCAACAUGGACAAGCUACACCUAAACUUGACAGAGUUGGCGCUGACAAUGAAUCAUGUGCACAGCUUCUCUGUAUUUGAACACACCGUCUUCCCUUCUGAGUAUCUCAACAGCCAUCUGGAGGCCAGACUCAACAGGGCCAUUGUGUGGCUGGCUGGUUACAAUGCCACAACCCAGGAGAUUGCAAGGCCUUCUGAGCUGUUGGCAGGAGUCAAAGCGUACAUCAGCUUCAUACAGUCACUGGCCCAGUUUUUGGGUACAGAUGUAUCCCGAGUCAUCCGCAAUGCCCUCCUGCAGCAGACACAGCCUCUGGACUCGUGUGGGGAACAGACUCUCACCACUCUCUACACAAAUUGGUACCUAGAAAGUCUGCUUAGACAGGCAAGCAGUGGGACCAUCACCCUCUCACCAGCCAUGCAGGCCUUCAUCAGCCUCCCCCGAGAGGGGGAGCAGAACUUCAGCGCAGAGGAGUUCUCAGACGUCUCUGAGAUGCGGGCCUUGGCUGAACUCUUGGGCCCCUAUGGCAUGAAGUUCCUGAGUGAAAACCUGAUGUGGCACGUGACCUCACAGAUUGUGGAGCUGAAGAAACUGGUGAUGGAGAACAUGGAUGUACUUGUUCAGAUCAGAUCCAACUUUAGCAAGCCGGACUUGAUGGCUUCUCUCCUGCCCCAGCUGAUGGGGGCUGAUAAUGUGCUGAAGCGCAUGACCAUCAUUGGCGUUAUCCUCAGUUUCAGGGCCAUGGCCCAGGAGGGACUUCGGGAGGUUUUCUCCUCCCACUGCCCAUUUCUUAUGGGUCCCAUUGAGAGCCUGAAGGAGUUUGUCACUCCAGACACGGAUAUCAAGGUAACUCUGAGUGUCUUUGAGCUGGCAUCUGCUGCGGGGGUGGGCUGUGACAUUGACCCAGCCCUGGUGGCUGCCAUUGCCAAUCUGAAAACAGAUGCAUCAUCCCCUGAGGAAGAAUAUAAGGUGGCCUGCCUGCUUUUGAUCUUUCUUGCUGUUUCCCUCCCCCUCCUUGCCACGGACCCUUCUUCCUUCUACAGCAUUGAGAAAGAUGGUUACAGCAACAAUAUUCACUGCUUGACCAAAGCCAUCAUCCAGGUGUCUGCUGCCCUCUUCACACUCUACAACAAGAACAUUGAAACUCACCUCAAGGAAUUUCUGGUGGUGGCCUCUGUCAGCCUCCUGCAGCUGGGCCAGGAGACUGACAAGCUUAAAACCAGAAAUCGGGAAUCCAUUUCUCUGCUCAUGCGCUUGGUGGUGGAGGAGUCCUCCUUCCUGACCCUGGACAUGCUGGAGUCCUGCUUCCCUUAUGUCCUGCUUCGAAAUGCCUAUCGCGAGGUGUCCCGGGCCUUCCACCUGAACCGAGUGCUGGCCAGUACCCACUGAAGGGCCCUUUGCACCUGCCUGAACUCAUGCUGUCCUGGAAGCUGUGGUCAUUGUCUCAAAGGGUGGGGUCACCAGGGAGAGGAUCAGCCAGAGCUGGUAAUGAAGGAUAUGGAGGAACAGCCCAGGGCUGAGGAAUCCUAGAGAAAUGGGGCUGGUGGUGGGUGGUGGUGGGGGAAGAUGGAGGACUUUUUUAUGGAGAAAAGUUAGGGGAUUGGGGCCACAUGUAUCAAUUUUUACAAUGAAAAAACCGUGGCAUGCAAGUGUGUUUUCUGUCUUCCGGGGACUAGAGCUUGAGCUCUGACUGGCAUGGGUGUCUCCGACCUUCACCACUAUUCUAGGAUAAUGCUGGCGGGCAGAGAUGAUCAAUCAUCAUAUUAAACCAUAAUGAGCUUAUAA